CGAGUAUGAAAACAGUCAAGCCGAGUCUCAUCACAUGAGGAUGGCUAUGAUGGCAGCACUUAUCAGUUCAAACUCAGGUGGUCGUGAGUACAUUGAUCGAGAGAGGGAAGAAGGCCACCGUCGUUUGAUGGAUGACUACUGGAAUCCCAACCCAACUUAAAACGCUCAUAUAUUCCGUAGGCGUUUUCGAAUGCUACCUGGUUUGUUUGACCGCAUCAUGAACGAUGUGGUGUGUUUCGAUUCUUUCUUUGCACCGAAGAUAGAUGCAUUCAACCAGGUAUCUCUUUCCCCUCAACAAAAAUUAACAAGUGCAAUAUUCAUGCCUGCAAAUGGUUGCUCAGCUAAUUCAUUAGAUCAACUUUGUCGUUUGGGGAAGACCACAAUUUUGUCGUGUCUUAAAAAAAUUUGUAAGGCAAUUAUUGGGAUUUACGGUUCUUCAUACCUAAGAUCACCCAAUCCCGAUGAUCUCCACCGCCUACUAGAGAAGGCAUCCAAGAGGGGAUUUCCGGGUAUGAUUGGUUCCAUUGACUGUAUGCAUUGGGAGUGGAGAAAUUGUCCAACGGCAUGGGCAGGCCAGUUUACUGCGUACAAGCGCAAACAAACUAUAGGGCUUGAGGCUGUUGCUUCAUAUGAUACAUGGAUAUGGCAUGCGUUUUUAGGUACAGCUGGUUCUAACAAUGACCUUAACAUGCUUGCAAGCUCCCUUGUGUUUAAUGCAGUUGUGAAUGGCUUUGCUCCUCAAGUCCACUAUACGGUAAACAAUAACUUGUACAAUCAAUGUGAUUACUUAGCCAAAGGGAUAUAUCCCACAUGGGCUACUUUUGUUAAAAAAAUUAGCCCCCGGACACCCCUAAGAAACAACUCUUUGCUGCUAAGCAAGAGGCCUAUCGUAAUGAUGUCGAAAGAGCAUUUGACAUUUUACAAACGAGAUGCGCUAUUUUAAGAGGUGCCGCCCGAUCGUAUGAGACACAGACUUUAGGUGAUAUCAUGCUCACAUGUAUUAUCCUACACAACAUGAUUGUGGAAGAUGAGUAUGAAGAAACUGAUGAUGAUCCGGGUACUCAAGAUUAUAGUGCGGACUAUAACUAUAUUGGUCCACACAUUGAAUUUGAUCUUAAUCAUGAUGCCCCCACUCUAAAUGACUACAUGAUGCGACAUAAUCGCAUUAGGAGCUCUUCGGUGCACACCGCUCUAAAAAAUGGCCUCAUUGAUCAUUUGUGGGUGCAUCACGGGAAUGGCAUGUAGUUGGUUGUGUAUUUGUUUUUUGUUGUUUUCGUGCACUUUUGCUUCAAUAAUACCACUAAUGUUUGUGGUUUUCCUUGUAUUGUUAUGCAUUAGGGAUUUGUUUCUCCGUAAUCAACAUUAUGUUUUUUUUGUAUUUUAUUGUUAGUAUUUAAAUUGAACAAGUUUUGUUUCAA